AUUGUGCUUUAUCUUCCUGAGCCAUUUUACAUCCGUGUUUAAGAAUCUUUAACUUAUUAGAAAUAAUAAGUAUCCAAGUAUCCAGUGAUUUCUGUAUGUGUUUGUUUUGUAGGAAUUCACGUGAUGUUGUUUAGUAAACUCUGGAUGGCUAUUAACCUUACAUUUCGAGCAAGUGUUAAAGUGAAGCGGCAAGAAAAGUUAUCAACUUCCUCAAUAAACGUAUCUGUGCAGCUUCAUGAAGACUGAAUGAAUCAUGGAGGACACACAAGCAUUCAGAGAUGGAGAUGUUUCUCCAGGAUGCAGUCAAUUUCAGGUGGACAGAUCAAACUCUUCAGAGCCCAGCUGUGUGUCCAUGAAUGGCAACUAGUCUAUAGAAGAACCAUUACAUUUUCAGGGAAGACACACAUCACCUGAACUGAGACAGUGGGGUGACCAGGAUGGCUGAAUGGUUGCACACACUUCGGGAGUGACGUAGGAGAGGAAGACUUGGAAGAGGAGAUUGUUGGAGGAGCACUGGAGGAACUCGGAAGGUUAGGAUAUUUCCGCUGGAGAAGAGUGAGCAGUCCAUGGACACUCCAGUAUCAUUUACAGAAAAACAUAUGUCAUCUAAUAUGAGUCGUGACUCUCAACUGGAGAAAAGCAGAUUCAAAUCAAAUCUACUAAAGAAGUUUGAGCGUCUGUAUGAAGGAACAGGGACACAGGGAAACCCAACUCUCCUGAAUGAGAUCUACACAGAGCUCUACAUCACAGAGAGUGAGAGUGGAGAGAUCAAUAAUGAUCAUGAGGUGAGACAGAUUGAGACACAAUCCAGGAGAGCAGCAACAGAGGACACAUCCAUCAAAUGCAAUGACAUCUUUAGACCUUUACCUGGACAAGACAAAGUCAUCAGAACUGUGCUGACAAAGGGAGUCGCUGGCAUUGGAAAAACAGUCUCUGUGCAGAAGUUGAUCUUGGACUGGGCUGAAGGGAAAGAGAAUCAGGACGUCCAUUUUAUAUUUCCACUUCCUUUCAGAGAAAUCAACCUGAUGAAGGACAAAACACUCAGUCUUUCAGAUCUUCUUCAUGUUUUUUUCCCUGAAACAAAAGAAAUAGAAAUAUCCAGUGAUGAAUAUAAAGUGCUGUUCAUCUUUGAUGGUCUGGAUGAGUGUCGUCUGUCUCUGGACUUUAAGAGUAAAGUGAAACUAUGUAAUAUAUCUGAAUCAGUCUCAGUGGACGUGCUGCUGAUGAACCUCAUUGUGGGGAAUCUGCUUCCCUCUGCUCUCAUCUGGAUCACCUCCAGACCAGCAGCAGCUGAUCUCGUCCCCUCUGAGUGUGUCCAUCGAGUGACAGAGGUACGAGGCUUCAAUGAUCCACAGAAGGAGGAAUACUUCAGGAAGAGAAUCAGUGAUCAGAGUCUGGCCAAUACAAUCAUCUCACACCUGAAGUCAUCAAGGAGCCUCUACAUCAUGUGCCACAUCCCAGUCUUCUGCUGGAUCUCAGCCGCUGUUCUGGAGAAGAUGUUGAGUCAAACAGAGAGUGGAGAGAUUCCCAAAACUCUCACUCAGAUGUACACACACUUCCUGAUCAUUCAGACCAAAAUCAAACAUGAGAAGGACUAUAAGAAGACAGUCAAAGAUGAAGACAUGAUUCUCAAACUGGGGAAACUGGCUUUUGAGCAGCUUGUGAAAGGAAACCUGAUCUUCUACGAGGAAGACCUGAGAACAUGUGGCAUUGAUGAGACAGAAGCAGCAGUGUACUCAGGAUUGUGCACUCAAAUCUUCAGAGAGGAGUCAGGCUUGUAUCAGGGGAAAGUCUUCUGCUUCGUUCAUCUGAGCCUUCAGGAACAUCUAGCAGCUCUAUAUGCACAUCUCUCCUUUACAAGGAACUACAGAAAUGUGUUUGACCAAACCAAACAAAGUGUGUUUUCUAAGAUUUUAAACCGGAAGAAAUAUGUUUCAUUAUCUCAGCUGCAUAAGAGAGUUGUAGAUGAAUCUUUACGAAGGAAAAAUGGACAUCUGGACCUUUUCCUGCGUUUUCUUCUGGGUCUUUCAUUGGAGUCAAAUCAGACUCUCUUACGAGAACUAUUAACAAAGACAGGACGCUGCUCCUACAACAAAGACGAAACAGUUGAGUUCAUCAAACAGAAGAUCAGGGCGAAUCACUCUCCAGAGAGAUCCAUCAAUCUGUUCCACUGUCUGAAUGAACUGGGAGAUGAUUCACUGAUGCAGGAGAUCCAGGAUUAUCUGAGAUCUGGACAAAUAGGAGAAACCAAACUCUCCUCUUCACAAUGGUCAGCUCUGGUUUAUGUGCUGCUGACAUCAGAGCAGAAGAUGGAUGAGUUUAAUCUGAAACAGUUUAUUGGAGCCCAAAAUACAGCAGAUGAAGUUCUUCAGAAGCUGCUGCCUGUGAUUAAAGAAUCCAGAUUAGUUCAGUUGAGUGAUUGUGGAGUCACAGAUGAAGGUUGUGCUGCUCUGGCUUCAGCUCUGAGAUCAAACCCCUCACACCUGAGAGAUCUGGAUCUGUCUGCAAAUAAACUAGGACUGUCAGGAGGGAAUCUGCUCUCUGAUGGACUGAAGGAUCCUCACUGUAAACUGGAAACACUGUGGUUGUAUGAUUGUGGAGUCACAUAUGAAGGUUGUGCUGCUCUGGCUUCAGCUCUGAGAUCAAACCCCUCACACCUGAGAGAACUGAAUCUGACUGGAAAUAAACUAGGAGAGCCAGGAGUGAAGCUGCUCUCUGAUCUACUGAAGGAUCCUCGCUGUAAACUGGAAACACUGUGUUUGAGGGAUUGUGGAGUCACUGAUGAAGGUUGUGCUGCUCUGGCUUCAGCUCUGAGAUCAAACCCCUCACACCUGAGAGAACUGAAUCUGUCAUUUAAUAAACUAGGAGCAUCAGGAGUGAAGCUGCUCUCUCAUGGACUGAAGGAUCCUCGCUGUAAACUGGAGAAACUCUGGUUGUAUGAUUGUGGAGUCACAGAUGAAGGUUGUGCUGCUCUGGCUUCAGCUCUGAGAUCAAACCCCUCACAACUGAGAGUACUGAAUCUGUCUGCAAAUAAACUAGGAGCAUCAUCAGUGAAUCUGCUCUCUGAUCUACUGAAGGAUCCUCACUCUAAACUGAAGAUACUCUGGUUGAGUGAUUGUGGAGUCACAGAUGAAGGUUGUGCUGCUCUGGGUUUAGCUCUGAGAUCAAACCCCUCACACCUGAGAGAACUGAAUCUGACUGGAAAUAAACUAGGACCGUCAGGAGUGAAUCUGUUCUCUAAUCUGAAGGAUGAUCCACAUUAUAAACUGGAGACGCUUGAUCAUAACUUUCAACUGAUCCAAAGAAUGCUUAAAUCAAAUCUGAGGAAGAAGAGUGAGUGUAUGUAUGAAGGAACAGCGAUGCAGAGAAACCCAACUCUCCUGAAUGAGAUCUACACAGAGCUCUACAUCACAGAGAGUGAGAGUGGAGAGAUCAAUAAUGAUCAUGAGGUGAGACAGAUUGAGACACACUCCAGGAGAGCAGCAACAGAGGACACAGCCAUCAAAUGCAGUGAAAUCUUUAGAGCUUUACCUGGACAAGACAAAGCCAUCAGAACUGUGAUGACGAAGGGAGUCGCUGGCAUUGGAAAAACAGUCUCUGUGCAGAAGUUGAUCCUGGACUGGGCUGAAGGGAAAGAGAAUCAGGACGUCCAGCUCAUAUUUCCACUUCCUUUCAGAGAAAUCAACCUGAUGAAGGACAAAACACUCAGUCUUUCUGAUCUUCUUCAUGUGUUUUUCCCUGAAACAAAAGAAAUGGAAUUAUCCAGUAAUGAAUAUAAAGUGCUGUUCAUCUUUGAUGGUCUGGAUGAGUGCCGUCUGUCUCUGGACUUUAAGAGUAAAGUGAAACUGUGUAAUAUAUCUGAAUCAGUCUCAGUAGACGUGCUGCUCAUGAACCUCAUUGUAGGGAAUCUGCUUCCCUCUGCUCUAAUCUGGAUCACCUCCAGACCAGCAGCAGCUGAUCUCGUCCCCUCUGAGUGUGUCCAUCGAGUGACAGAGGUACAAGGCUUCAAUGAUCCACAGAAAGAGGAAUACUUCAGGAAGAGAAUCAGUGAUCAGAGUCUGGCCGACAGGAUCAUCUCACACCUGAAGUCAUCAAGGAGCCUCUACAUCAUGUGCCACAUCCCAGUGUUCUGCUGGAUCUCAGCCGCUGUUCUGGAGAAGAUGUUGAGUCGAGCAGAGAGUGGAGAGAUUCCCACGACUCUCACUCAGAUGUACACACACUUCCUGAUCCUUCAGACCAACAUCAAACAUGAGAAGGACUAUGAGAAGACAGUCAAAGAUGAAGAUAUGAUCCUCAAACUGGGGAAACUGGCUUUUCAGCAGCUUGUGAAAGGAAACCUGACCUUCUAUGAGGAAGACCUGAGAGAGUGUGGCAUUGAUGAGACAGAAGCAGCAGUGUACUUAGGAUUGUGCCCUCAGAUCUUCAGAGAGGAGUCGGGCUUGUUUCAAGGGAAAGUCUUCUACUUUGUUCACCUGAGCAUCCAGGAACAUCUAGCAGCUCUAUAUGCACAUCUCUCCUUUACAAAGAACUACAGAAAUGUGUUUGACCAAACUGAACAAAGUCUCUUUACCAACGUUUUAAAUCGGAAGAAAUAUAAGUCCAUAUCUCAUUUGCAUCAGAGAGCUGUAGAUGAAGCUUUACGAAGUAAAAAUGGACAUCUGGACCUUUUCCUGCGUUUUCUUCUGGGUCUUUCAUUGGAGUCAAAUCAGACUCUCUUACGAGAACUACUGACACAGACAAGAAGCGGCUCCUACAACAAAGAGGAAACACUUGAGUUCAUUAAACAGAAGAUCAGGAGGAAUCACUCUUCAGAGAGAUGCAUCAAUCUGUUCCACUGUCUGAAUGAACUGGAAGAUAAUUCACUGAUGCAGGAGAUCCAGGAUUAUCUGUCAUCUGGAAGAAUAAGAGAAACCAAACUAUCCUCUUCACAGUGGACAGCUCUGGUUUAUGUGUUACUGAUAUCAGAGCAGAAGAUGGAUGAGUUUAAUCUGAGACAGUGUAUCGGAGCCCGAAAUACAGCAGAUGAAGUUCUUCAGAAGCUGCUGCCUGUGAUUAAAGAAUCCAGAUCAGUUCAAUUGAGUGAUUGUGGAGUCACAGAUGAAGGUUGUGCUUCUCUGGCUUCAGCUCUGAGAUCAAACUCCUCACACCUGAGAAAACUGGAUCUGACUGGAAAUAAACUAGGAGCAUCAGGAGUGAAGCUGCUCUCUGAUGUUCUACAGAAUUCUCGCUGUAAACUGGAGAAACUGAGGCUGGACGUCUCUGAACCGUCUGAACUGAAUCACCCACUCCCAGUGUGUCAGUCUUGUGUUCACAUUGGUGAUUCUGAUCAGUGGGUUCAGGUGGAGCCAUCAGUCUGUACAGAUGAAGGAGGCUCAGUGUUCAGGAUCAGCACUCCGGCGGGUCGAUUCGAGUGCAGCAGGACCAGAUUGCGAUGGGUCUGUGCUGGUGAUGUCACUCUACAGUACCGUGCAGUGGAUGGACGUUUCCUCAGUGCAGAGCUGGAGAGGCUUCAGUGUGAGAGAAUUGGACCUGUGAUUGAUGUGACAGUGAUCUCAGGGAAACUGGAGGAGGCCCAUCUGCCUCAUUACGCCUGUUUAGCAGAGUCAGACCCCUCUCUAAAAGAUGAUAUAAAGGUCCUCAGUGUUGAAGAAGAGGGAAUGUUCUUGGAAUCAGUGGAGUUGACUCGUUUUCAUGCUAAAAUACUCCAACCAUAUUUUUCUCCUAAAACAGUGCUAAUGAAACUAGGGAUAACAGUGAAAGUGCACUGUGAUCUACUGAUAUUCAUGACAAACAAAGACCCCAUCAUCCUCCAUCUGUAUUUUUUCCCAGUAGAUUCAGUUUUUGAAGAAAAAAUUAAAAAAGAGAGAAAAAUGAGUAAUCAAAUAAAUCUUUCAAGACCUGAAACCCCAUUACAGAUGAAUAAACAACACAGUCUUGAGGUUCCUGGUGCUUUUGUCCAACCCAAAGAGAUCAAGAUAAGAGGAGACAUCAAGCCAAACUUUUUUGAGGUCAUACUUUCUGUGGCCGAUGACAUCGAUAUGACUCUCAGCCGAGUGGAUGAUAAGAAAUCAGUCUGGACUGCAAAAGUUUGCAAAGCUUUGUUUCAAACUGGACAAAAGUCACCACAAGUAGCUGUCAACUUUGAUAAGGUUACAUUUUUUGAUGAAAAUUGGAGUGACUUUAUUAAACACAUUAAGAAUGUUAGCGCCAUUGCAGACAAACUGCGUCAGAAGAAAAUAAUUCAUGAAGAAUUAUAUACUGAAAUCUCACUUCCGACUUCAACCAGUGAAGCCAGCAUGAGGAAGAUCUGUAGCGCAGUGCGUAAAGGUAGUGACACUGUAAAAAAAAUGUUCAUCUCCAUUCUUCUGGCUGAAGAACCCAACCUUUUAAGUCACCUGCCUUCACCCGAUUCUUAACCUUUUUUGCUUGAUGAUUCUACAUUGUGUUUUACAUUAUUUGGGAAACUCAGGCGACCAAUGUUCUCAAAAGCUCACCCUACUAUGUGGACACUGAAUAAUGUAAAAUAUUUCACGUUUUAUUUCUAUACAUUUUUUGUCAGUGUUACUGUAUCAUCCACUUUUUAGGUACAUUUAUAGUCUUAUCUACUUUUAUAAACUAAAUGUGACAUUGCAAAAAAAAAUUGUCAUGACUAUAGUUAACUGGAAGGUAACAAGUGGUAGUAG